GUGUAUGUUGCUCCAAAGGGGGUAUUCUUUCUGUCCUCAUUAACAAAGGUGGAAUCGUCCCAAAAGGUAUUUUUUUUUUCAGCCAUUGAGGGAAUAAGUGGCCAGGGAAAGACGUAAAUUUCGAGUCUUGGUUUCCCACAAAAUUUUUCUAGUGAGUUAUCCUAUUUAGAAAAAGAAAAGGGGGUUAUACCAUAUUUGGCUUCAUUGAACAGACAUCAUAACACAAUGAUCAAAGCAGUUAUUAUCAUUAAUAGUAUGGGCAAAAUUAGGCUGAUCAACUUCUACGAGAAGCAGAUUGGGUUUGUGCAGCAGCAGGCACUUGUGCGAAGCAUUUACCGUAUAGUUGCGAAUCGCAGUGAUGAGUUGUGCAGUUUCAUAGAUUCGUUCACCGAGUGGCCAACUCCAGACACACAAAUUAUUUACCGUCGCUAUGCGACGCUUGUAUUCGUCUUCGUGUCAGACUCGUCGGAGUCACAGUUGGCGAUCCUGGAUCUCAUCCAGGUCUUCGUUGAGGUCCUAGACCGCACUUUCGAGAAUGUUUGUGAACUGGACUUCAUUUUCCACUCUGAGAAAGUUCAGCACGCACUGAUGGAGAUCAUCAUGGGGGGUAUGGUACUGGAGACAUACCGUGAAGAAAUCAUUCGGGGGUUGUCCGAUAUGGCUAACCUCUCCGCAGCCAACGCUGCUACUCUCGGAAAGGUGAGCAGGAGGUUAAUCUCAGGGUACAAGUAA